AUGGCCUCUCAAGAACAGCCGCCUCUCCGUCAAGGCUUUCCUUUACACCGUCUUCCACCUGAACUACGAGAUCACGCCUGGCUCUUUACCCUCCUAGAUCGUCGCCUCUUUGAUGUGUCGAAGAUGCUCUGCAUAGGAGACACUGAAUUCUUCCAUUUCAGCUUUCGCCACCCUCCUCCUGUCACUCUUCAAAUCUGCCAUGAAUCCCGCGCGAUUGCCCUGCGUCACGGCUUCUUCGUCAAGGAGGGCGAAGGAAGCCCUGGUGUAUGGUUCAGACCCCAUGCGAGUUGA